AUAAUACUAUUGACACUGGGUCUACACUGUUUAAGGCUCCAAGCUCGACAAUGUUUUGACCAACCAAUGAAAGUGGUUCAACCUUCCCCUCUGAUUUUUUUAUGACAAUGACCUCUAUAUGCUCAAUGACAACAAAUUCAAAUAUACCUGAUAGAGUUGGUGCUUGGACUUUAUUCUUUCUUAAAAUAUAAAAAUUACAGUUAAAUAAUCUAUCUUAAAAAUAUAUUAGUGAAUCUUAGUUAUAAAAACAUACAUGUUGUAAAAACAGUAAAUAUUCAAGAGUUAAGUUUUGGAAUAAUAUUACAUUUAAUAAAAAAAUUAACAACAUUUCAGUAAUGUUCAGCCUGUUGAUAAUUCUAUUGUUUGCCUCAUCAUAAUUAACAGGCAGAUUUGAAAUGAUUUGAUAUUUCAUACCAACCAACUCCAACCUAUUUCCUCAACCACCUGACAGCUGUAGCAGUAACAAGCUAUUUUUAAUAAGCGCUUAUAAAAUCCAGUUGUAUAUUAACUUGUAUAUAAGUCAACAGCAGUAAGCUACAUAUAUAUUGAUAAAUAAAAAGAUACCUGUAUAAAACAACUAUGAUAGCCUUAAAUAAUUAUAUCAGUGAUGGGUGAAAUACAGCUAAUCCAUGAGGCUAACUGAUUUCCUCGUACCACUUUGCUAAAUUGCAUGAUUUGUAAUAAACAAUGCAAAUGACUACUAUAAUUUUGUAGAUUUUUGAUACAUUUACUAACGCACGCUCACUUACUACAAUAGGAUGUUAUAACUUUUCAACUAUUAGCUCCAGAAAAAUGUAUUUGUGUAUUUUUUCUCCAUUCAUUGAUUUGUUUGUUUACAUGCUAUGAACAAUAUUGAAAGGUUUGAUGCAAUAAACAUAUCAUAAAGGCCUUUCAGGUGCAAUGCAAUAUGCUGGACAUCACAGACAUAUAUUUAUCACAGCUUGUUACAUCAAAGGAUAAUUGCAGUAUUUCAUUUUCAAUUAUAGUCAUUAAUAUGAUAAUACACACCCUUUAAUCAUUGGCCUCCAUUGUCACACUUCUCAAAAUCAUAAUGAUGGAAGUGUGAAAAAUUAUUAUUUUAUUGUGGAAUUUUUAAGACAGUCUUAUUCUGUGUGUGAGCCAGGUCAGUUUCAAAUACUUUCAAUAUCUACAUCAAAUUGACCCUUUGCCAGUAUAAAGAGCUUUUAUUAUUUCAACGAUAUUUAUGAAGACAACUUUUGAUAAUUAUUAGUGAAAUAUUGUGAAAAAGAAGAAACCAUGGAUGAGGUUUUGUUGCUAAGCGACAGAAUGCUGCUUGAGAUGAUGACUUACGAAAGAAACCUGCAAAACAUGAGGAAACUCUUAAUCAGCUACUCCAGCACUUCCAAGAGGCUGUCAACAACAGAGGCCCAGUUGGGAACCAUACGUAUGACCGUACAAGGGGGGCUUCUCUCUGUAUACCACACCUAUGGUACCAAGAAAUGGGCUGCUAUUCAGGAGAUGUCAGAAGAACUUGUACAAAGAGCCCACACAGCAGGAUUUCCUCACAUCGCUGAGAACAUGAGGAUAUCAACAGAAGGAAUGGAAGCCUACGAGGAAAGGGUUGAAGCUGUGCUCAAUGAAACUUGUAAUAUCUUUUCUGCAAUUGGAAAUGAUACUCGGACAGCUUGAGAUUUUAUUGACUGGUUAAUUAAGAGUUGAAUUAAUGCUAAAUGUAACUAAUGUAACCUCAAUUGGGAAC